AUGGCUGAAGAUUCAGAGCUCUGGGAUGUUAUCUGCGAUGAUCCCUUCAUUCCUAUGAAAACUAUUGGAGAACCAGCAGUGACAGUUCCCAAGUCUAGGAAGGAAUACAGCGAUGCUGACCGCAAGUCUAUAGAGAAGAACUUUCGAGCAAAGAAAAUCCUCAUUUGUGGCAUUGGGAAAGAUGAAUACAAUAGGAUUUUGGCGUGUCAAUCUGCCAAGGAGAUUUGGGAAGCUCUCCAAACAGCACACGAAGGGACAACUCAAGUCAAGCAGUCCAAGAUUGAUAUGCUAACCACUGAGUAUGAACUCUUCAAGAUGAAGGACGAUGAGUCCAUUCAGGACAUACAUACUCGCUUCACCUCUAUCAUCAAUGAGCUCCAUUCCCUAGGAGAAAUCAUUCCAAGAAACAAACUUGACAGGAAAACACUCAGUGUAUUACCUAGUUCCUGGGAAAGAAAAAGAUUUCAGAAUAUGGUCCGCAGAAUUGGAGGUAUUCCAAAGAAGGGAAGCUCUAGCAAGCCAAGGGGAUAUUACUUAUGUCAUAAGUGUGGGAAGCCAGUACAUUUCAUCAAGGAUUGCCCUCUCCUCAAGCAAGACCAGUACAAGCACAACAUAGAUAAAGCAACCAAGAGGAACCCGGUUCCUGACAAACGAUUUAAAAGAAAAGAAGCCGUUGAUAAUGUCGUGAAACAAGCUCCUGCUGCAUGGGGAGACUCUUCUAGAGAAUCUGGAGAAGAUGAUGCACAAGGUGACACCUCUAUGAUGGCAGUAAAAAGUGAAGGAGCUGAUUAUGAUUCCAUUUUUGCUUUGAUGGCAAAAUCUAACGAUGAUGACGAUAAUGAUGAUGAUGAGGUAAACUUUCUAGACGUUCAGAGAAAUCUAAAGUCUUACUCUCAGAAAGAGCUCAUAUCCUUGGGAAAUAUUUUAAUUGACGCUUAUCACAAUCUUAUAAAUGAUAAAAAUGCCUUAACUAUAGAGUUAGGAGAGGUAGAAAAUGAGAGAGAUGGUUUGGUAGUUAUAGUGGCCGACCUAAAAGAAACCAUUGAGAAUCUAGUGAAAGAAAAAAGUGUUCUGAUGAAAAAGGUUGAAAACAUAGAGAAUGAGAGAGAUGACUUGUUAGUAAUCAUCAUGGACCUAAAUGAAACAACAGAGAAAUUAAAAAGGGGAAACAGUUCUGAGACUGUCCGAAAGGGGAAGGAAGUUGCAAGUGAGAUACACAUUAAGCUUGAAAAUGAACUACAAUCUAUGAAAUCUAGUUUGUGUGCUGAACUUGAAAGAAACAGACAGCUUCAAGAAGAUCUAGGCAGAGCUAAAAAUGACCUCGAAAAAUCUCUAAAGUGGACCUGGUUCUCUGAUACAAUUGCUGCCAUGUAUACAAGCAAUGGUGGAAACAUGCAGGGAGUCAGGUUCCAAAGGAAAAAGACUCCCUACAAUCCACAUAGCAAGUAUGUUACUGUCCCUGAUACUGUCUUUGCACUCACUGUAGAAACACUAGUCACUUUAAAGAAAACUGGAGCAAUGAAAGGAAGCAGCCAAAAAUGCCUACUGAGUGUUUCCAAAAUUUGCGACAAAGGAAAUAAAGUGGAAUUUGUGUCAAAAGUCUGCACAGUUACAAACCUUGUGACUGGUGAAGUGGUCCUGAUGGAAAAAAGAUACAAGAACAUUUAUGUUGCUGAUUUUGAGUCCCUGCAAAGUGGGGAUCUCAGUUGCCUGAGUGAUGUUGAUAAUGAUGCUGAACUAUGA